GUGAGAAGAUGUUUGCCUGGACCAAAUAAAACGGCCAAAAAAUCGGGAAAGUUCUGUGUGCACAACUUUUCCUUCAGCUUUGCCCACCCGCUUCGUCUCCAGCUUUCUAUUCAAACCAUGGCUGCUCAAGCAACGUUCAAGACCAUUAAGGCUGUCAUUCCUCUACUCGACCGUGUGUUGGUGCAGCGAUUCAAACCCGAAACCAAAACAGCUUCUGGGAUCUUCCUGCCUUCGUCAUCAACUACUACGCCCUUACCUGAAGCGACCGUGAUUGCCGUGGGGCCUGGAGCGCCUAAUAAGGACGGGAAUGUCGUUCCUACUCAGGUUAAGGCUGGCGACCGGGUACUGCUCCCUGGUUGGGGAGGAAAUUCGAUCAAAGUAGGGGAAGAGGAAUACUUUUUGUUCAAGGAUUCGGAGAUCCUCGCAAAGAUUAAGGAGUGAUAGGACGGCAUGGCCACGACGUUUGCUCCGAGUUAAGCAACAUUUUAUAUACGUUAAUUUUUUAAAAAGGCUUUGUUUUUACGCACUAUUGCCAUAUAUCUGCACGUAUCCCCGCUCAA